UCACCAGCUUCAAUCUUCGUAGUGUUUAGUAUUGAACUUAAGGCGUUUGUCAUGGCUUAUUGAUUAUUAUUCAAUGCAUUUUUCGAAAUGAUAACGAGCUGCAUUUCUCAAUCUGUUAAGGAGAGACUGAGCUAAAAUGUACCGGAGACAGAAAUAUGGUAUUUGUAGUUGUCAUGGCACAAACACAGGGUUUAGUUUGAAACAUGUAAGGAAGAAAUCCAAGGAUAUGUGAAGAAAAAUUACAUUCUGGCAUCCAAGGAAAGGAUCAGUUUUCAACUCUAAUUAUAUAAUGGACUCAAGAAGAUUCCAGAGAAAUGUCUACAUUCCUCGAAAAUGGGCCGCAUAGCAAACGUCUCUCAGGAAGAGGUUAUCGUGUUAAUCGAGAAAUAAAUCGACCGUUUCUCAUCCAACGAUUUUCCAGCCCAUUCAGAUCCUAUAUGGCACAAAAUGAGUUGCGACAUGGAUGGUCGUCUCAUUCCUCGUUCAAUUUAUACACACGUAAGAUAUGAUAAGCGAGGGGACGUGAGUCAAGCCCGAAGGAAUCAGGGUAUAUCAGUAGCCCCAAAAGCCAAACUUCUACUCAUUGACGCUCAGGCAGAUUCUGAUGGUGAACAGUUCGAAGAUGUCGCCGAAGACUACGUACCUGAUACUUCUAAUGUUGAAAACCAAGUGGACUUUGAAACUUUCCAUCUUCAACUGUCUAGAGAAGAAUGGGAAUUAAUCAAACCCGACGACACUAAGAGCAAAACAAGACUGAAAAAGGAAACUUGGGCUUCAGUUAUAACUGGCGCUUUCUACAAAAAAUACGCUUUCAACUGUGCAUUCCUUGCGAAAUACUCUUACGUACGUUCAAAUCCGAACUCACAGAAGGAUAAACCGUAUUUAAAAUUUGAAGCCUACUGUAAAGACGAGGAGAAUUGUCGAAACAUUUUGAUCGGUACCUCGGAUAAAGAACCUGACGAGAGAGGCUUGCAACUGACAAUCAAAACCCGUGACACACGCCGAGACUACCACGUUGAAGUCACGAGACCCGUGAGGGGCCUCGAAAGAGAACAGGUUGGGAAGAGACUGGAGACACAGACUGCGAGUAAUUAUCGAGAAGAACUAUUGAGGAAUGAUAUGAAAUGCGGGGGGAAUAUUCCACCUCAUGUUCAAGAGAAUUAUAUCUACAGGCAGAUCAGAAUGGAAGGAGAAAAAAAAAGAACUGGCUUGCCGAAAAAUGAAAAAAUUGAUGUUAUUAAAUGUCUACAGAAAAUGGUUACAGAUCCUCUGUUUCCUAACGCGAUACACAAUAUAGGAUGCUCAAAAUUUUUCAUCUUCUAUUGGACGCCUGAUCAAGUGAAAGUUUUCAACGAGUAUGUUCGAUUAUUGGGAAAAUUGUCAGCCAUUUCAAUAGAUGCCUCGGGAAAAUUUAUCAAAAGUUUUGAAAUUUGUCCAGGGAGAAUGACUGGACAUGCUUAUUUAUAUACUAUUACAAUCAAAUUUGAGGGAAAGACCAUCUGUGUUUGUCAAAUGGUAACAGAAAUACACACUGAAGCUUUCACAGAACUUUGGCUGAGAUCAUGGAGAGAGUCAGGUGCCAAAGCACCCGGUGAGGUGUGGAGCGAUUAUCAGCGUGCCAUACCUAUGGCUUCGUGUGUUACGUUUAAUGAGCUCACAUUGAAAGACUACGUUGACGCACUUUUUACUUGGGCUUGGAAUGGAAAAAUACAACCUUUGGGAAUCAGGACGCUUAUCCGAAUUGAUGUAGCUCAUGUAAUGGGGUUCGUGUUCAAAUGGAAAUCGCUGAAGGACAAAGAUCACCCCUAUAUCAAACAGUUUUACCUUCAUUAUGUUGCUCUGCUAGUGGACACUCGUAGCGUAGAGGAAUUUCGGAGGAUUUUCCUUUGGAUAUGGAUCGUAGAGUUACAACCUUACGAUGACGCAAUGAUUUCAACGCCAAUGAUUACAUUGAGGGUAAAAGACGCUAAGAAAAAAUUAGAAGAGCAGAUCAGUGAUAAAAAAAAAAUUAUCAAAGAUUUGGAGGCUUCCAUGACCACGUACCUGGAAGAAAAUGAGAAUGAACCCAAACCCUUUGAAGAGGGUACAAGUGAAACAUCCACUCAUCAAUGGAUUAAGGAACUUAUGGAUGUAGGCGGAACAUCAAGUUUGUCAGGAGGGUCUGUUAAUGCAUUUUAUUUACCAGGGUUCGUGAAGGAUUUAGAACGUCUGGCCAAAGAAUUUCCACUUUGGACAGCUGCAGCACUCCCGGUCUANCGAACGUCUGGCCAAAGAGUUUCCACUUUGGACAGCUACAGCACUCCCGGUCUACGCAGGUGA